AUGAUGCGAUCACGAGUUAAAGUGACCACCAUGUUGUUUGUACUGAUUUUUUCGCUCACGGCUGGUUUCUGCUCUGCUAAGGACAACAAACCACCAGACACCAAGGUAACUAUAUAUCAGAUAUUGCCACUACACUACACAUUUUUUUAUUACAGUUAAAUAACGUUAGUUUAUAGAGAAAACUAGGAAUGACGUAUUAUAUGUUAAUUUAUUAACUAAAUCAGUACUACCAAAUUCAAACAAAAAAUUAAGAUGCUUGGUAUGAUUACUUGUACAACCUCGAUCACUGUUUUAAGGGAAAGUUCAUUUAAUAUGACAAGGGGGGGGGGAUGAAGAUAUUGAAACUCGAAGCUUGAAAUUUUAGCAGCCCCCCUCGCUAGCGGUUCAAUUUUUUAGGAGCCCCCUCCUUGGUAGUUGAAAAAAUUUCAGAGCCCCCCCUCCUUCAAUUCCUUUGCUCCCCUGAAAAAAGAUCGCUAGACUGUAUUAAAUAUAUUUACCGUUAUUGUCUUCAAUGGUUUAUACUAUGACAAACUUGAGAUACAGUUGUGAUACAAUUUUCUAAAGCAUUUUUGGGAUGAACAAGAGUAUAAUAAUUACUGAGACUACAUUUGUUAUAUUUGUAAACCACGUGAUAUAGCUGAGUUGCACAGGUCAUUAAAUUGUUGAGUUGAAAACCAUCCGAUCUGUAUGAUGAUGUCAUGUGUUGGUUUUGAAGUAUACAAAUUUUCGGAGCCCCCCUCCUAGCGCAACAAUUUUUUUCAGAGCCCCCUUCGGGUGUCUAAAAAUUUUCGAGCCCCCUCAAUAUCUUCAUUCCCCCCCUUGCCAUAUUAAAUGAACUUUCCCUAAGAAGAGGGAGAACAUUUUCACGUUUUAAACAAUCAAAAUUAACAUUUUUACAAAAACAGCUUCUUUACUGGAAAACAAAUUUCUUUUUACAAAAUCACAAUUAACGAUUACGUUAAAAAACCCCAAUUAAAACUUGGAUUGAAACGCUAGAUGACAGGUAAAAUCGUGAAGAGCUACUACAGUAGCAGUUUGUCAUUGACUUUUUCUAUUUUUGGCAGCCUGUUCAAUCUUGUCCAUCUUGUAAAAAUGGUGGACAAACCGGGAUGUGGACAUACAUGACAUGCAUCCCAGGAGCCCCCGGGGCACCUGGUCGAGAUGGAGCCAAAGGAGACCUGGGCAGCCCGGGGAAAACUGGGACCCAGGGAGCGCGUGGUGCUGAUGGAAAAAAAGGAGCAGAGGGAGAACCUGAGAUCCAGGGUUCCGCUGGACAAAAAGGACAGCGAGGGGUCAAAGGCGACGGUGGAACGCCACAACUGGUUUCACACAUGAACUGGAAGGAGUGUGCUUGGAAAAAACUGGACCCCAAAGAAUCAGGACUGAUAUAUGUAAGUGCGGAACGUCACUUUGUAAUAUUCUAUAAGCUCAAAGCAAGUAAUUUCAGUAAAACGUUUGAUUGCCAAAAUGCUUUGGUCAGCGGUCAGCGAUGAUGAUGGCCGCGUCUUUUGACGCUAAAUAGUAUUGUGUUAAAAGGCCAUUUUUAGUUUUACUAUACUGUGCACUUCUCUAAUCUUAAUUUCAUUGCUAACCUUGUGUACAUGUAUUUUUUUUUUUGUCAAAACACCUUGCAUUAUUAAAUUAGUCUAAAUAUGUACAACUGAUGUAACAUCUUUUAUAGAAUGGAGUAAAUAAAAAUACAAUACAAUACACAUGCUGAUUCUUUAUACCUCGUUCAGAACUGUGACUUUGUGAAGAAAUACCCGGACACUGUCCUCCAUGUCUACUUUGCCGGUAAUCUCAGGAUUGCCUCAUGUGACAACUGCUGUAGUCGCUGGUAUUUCAGCUUCAAUGGAGCCGAGUGCAGCUCGCCAGGGACUAUUGACGGUGCAUUCUACAUGCAAACAGGCAGAAACCACAAUCUUCACCAUCACCGCCACAUUGAAGGUCACUGCAAUAACAUUCAGAAAGGAAAGGUGCGAGUGGGAUUCUGGGUUGGAAAGUGCGUCACAGGUCAUAAGCUUGCUGAUGGCGAGACUGGUUGGCAUUCAAUGAAUCGUAUCUUCAUUGAAGAAGUACCGAAAGCUCAGCAGUAA